AAUAAUAUGUGUUUAAAAAACGUUGACGGCUGCAUUUAUUUAUUUAGCAGAGAUUUUGUUUUAAAAGUAAUAGUAAUUUUAUAUAGUAUUACUUUAGUCUAACACGUGAUUUUUGAAAACCACACCCCCUCUGUCUUUGCCCCUCCCACACAUUUGUAAAAGUGAAACUAAACUGCUAUUUAAAGGGAUGUCGCAGGGAUAUUAUUGGAGAUUUCAACAUUUCUGAAGACAAGAACACCCAGGUUUUUGCUCCAGGUCAUUUACAUUGUUCAGGUGAUUUCAUCUAAGACUGUGUCGUCUCCUUUUCUGUUCUCUACAGAGGAGUAAAGUCCAGGUUCAGAAAGUAAAAGUCCGCCUCAGUAUUUUGUUCCAAUCACCUGGAUUUGCUUAUUAACAGUUUUUCAGCCAGGAGACAGAAAUCAGCUGAAAUCAACUGUCAACAGAUCCUCCUUUCCCAGUGACUGGCCAGUGGCUGGUUUAGUAAAUGCUGCUUCUCGUUGGAUCUCACAUAGGGCCUCUCUCGAUAGGCUUCUGCAGUUGUCACAGGGCAGCCAAUAGGCACGCGAGCUGUCUUGCCUAUGUCUGCGUACUGCUGCAGCGCGUUUUACAUUAAUUCAAAAUUAAGGAUAAUUUUUUGGCUUCAAUAUCUCGUGGAAAAGAGUUUUCUCCUAGCGUAAGAUAUUACACAGUACGAGAGAACCUCUCGAAAGAGAACUCUUGCCUUCUUUCGUGGCUUAUUUUAUUCUCUCUAAAAUGUCAAUAGAACAAAGAUAAAUAAAUAUCCAUGUAUGUGUUUGGUGUGUGUGGCACAGACAGCAAGGACUCUAUUGGACUAUGGGCAACCACUUGACUAUGGGCAACCACAGCGGAAAAGAUUCUGUGUCCGACACAACAACUCCUCAACAAAUUGGUGGAGACGGAGGUAAUCCAUUCUCAUUUACUGGUGAGGACAGCGGUGCCAGUUUAGAGAAGAUCAGAGUCUGGGUGGGAGAAUCACAGGUGGAUGGUGUCAGGGUCUGGCUUACAGAUGGGAGAGUCGAAACCUUUGGAGACAGUUCUGGACCGUAUCAAGAGUUCGAGUUCACACCUGGUGAGCGUUUCACCUCACUGUCCCUGUGGGCGAACGGAGCAGGAACACGUCUUGGAGCCAUCAAAUUCAGGACCAGUCUGGGGAAAGAGUUUUUUGCAAAGAUGACAAGAAAGCGUUUAAAAACAGAAUAUCCCAUGGAUGUCGGCUCUGGAUUUUGUUUGGGAGUUGUAGGAAGAUCUGAUCAGGAAUUUUACAAGAUGGGAUUUAAGUUUCUCGAAGCAGUUGAAUCAGCAGUUCUCACUGAUGUCAACUAUCCCACUCUCCACCAACUGAUGCAGCCUAACCACCUAACCCUAACACAGGUGAAAAAAGAAGAAAUCAAAUCCCUCAGUUUUAGUAACGACUCCUCCACCACUCAAAAACAAAAAGUUGAAACCUCAAAGAAAGUGACCAAAACAUCUUCAUGGUCAAUGAGUAGGAGUGUUACUGCGACGCUUAGUAUGGAAGUGAAGGCUGGGGUUCCAUUGAUUGGUGAAGUUACUGGAGGAUUCAGUGCCACCAUUGGAUCAGAAAGCACUUAUGGUCUGGAGCACACAGAAGAGACAACCGAAACUCUGUCUACAGAAGUAGAUGUGCCACCAGGGAAGAAGCUGGACGUUUCUGUCACUAUUGGCAGAGCCACUUUUGACCUGCCUUACACUGGCACAGUGAAGAUGACCUGCAAGAACGGCAGUGUGUUUGCCUAUGGAAUCGAGGGCACAUACAAAGGAGUCACUUACACUGAUAUCAAAGUGGAGACCAAGGAAUCUCCUAUAAGGGUCGUUCAACGGAAAUGUCCAAUUUUCUGUCCCUAGUAGUCCCCGUGAAAUCAAAAUUGAACCUAUUUACUUUGUUAGCGCAUAUUACUAGUCUUGUGGUGAACAAUUAAU